AUGGAACGGUGUUUUGAUGCAAAAAGGCAGGAGUCAUUUGGUCGUCCAAUAAUGGUUUUCGAUUUUUCGCAUAUCCUCCUGAUUAGUCACAAUGAUGUGGAUGCGUUGUGUGCAACACGUAUAUUUAUUCACUUACUAGACAGCGAUGAUGUACCAUUUUCACUGGUUACUGUGACUGGAUGGGAGUCUUUGAGCAGAGCUAUUCAAGAUGACGUGGAUAAACAUAACGUUAUGGUUUUAAUAAAUUGUGGUGGUAAUCGAGCGUUGUUGGAGCUUGAAACUCCUCCUAAUAUGAAAGUAUUCAUCAUUGAUUCUCUUCGGCCAUUUGAUCUUGAUAACGUGUUUGCAGAGAACAACUUAAAUUUAUUAGUAAGUCAUGACGAGGUGAGUGACUUGAAAAUACCUAAUAUGGAUGAUAUUUAUGGAAGUGAAAGCGAAAGCAGCGAGGAUGAUGAUGAAACUAAAGAUAACUUAGAAAGCAUUGAGAGGCGUGCCUUGAAAAGAAGUCAGAAACAGCAGUGGUACAAAAAAAGAGCUGAUAUACUUUGGGAAUAUUAUGAGAAGUCUUGGUAUUCAAUCCCAAGUUCUAUAGUUCUUCUUGAACUUGCUCAUGAGCUUGGGAAGUCAUGUGCUGAGCUGAUGUGGUGUGCUGUGGUUGGUUUUAACAGUCAGCUUAUGGACAACUUAGUUUCGCUUGAAGCAUACACACAAAUCUGCAUUGAUCGCCUGAGACCAUUUAUUCGUCGGUUCUCCCCUCGCAACUCAUCUCUGAAGGGCGAUGAUGUUUUAAAAAUUUCUUUUGAUAAGGAGCUUCCGUUGCCCAUGUACACUCAUUGGUCGUUGUAUAAAAGCAUGGUAAAUCAUGAUUUUUUUGUUUGUCAGACUCGGUAUUGGCAGCAGAGAGGAGAUCAUCAAAUGCGAGCUUUACUCGCCACGUUAGGGUUAACGCUUUCCGAAUGCAAUCAAAUGUAUAAUGCGAUGAGUCAGGACAGAAGGUUGGAGGUGUUUGAAAUACUGCAGAAAAAAAUCAAUUCCAACUUUGCAUCUUUUACAGCAGUCAUUGGUUACUUUAACAGGAUAAAUGCUUGUGACUUCGCAAGAGUGUUGAGUUAUCGCCUAGAGGUUGGACCAAGUGAUGAGGAUGCUGUGCAUAGUCGCUUCAUGAUUGCUCUUAAUAUGCUCAAGAAGUUUUUCAGUGUACGACUUGACCUUGAUCCGUUCUUGAAAGACAUCGAAGGGUAUAAAGUUUGCUUAGAGGCAGUCACAUCACUUGUUUUCGUGUCUAUCAAUCAGAGCCAUAUUUUGCCCACUGGACCGUUUUUUUUACUUGUUGUUCCUCAGAGCGAGCAUGUACGAUUGUUAGCGUCACGACACUUUCUCUUGAUCUUUGCAAACUUUGUUCUAAAAGCGUUUUGCACUAUGGGCAAGAGGAACAGAGCACUUCGACCGCUAGUUGUUGCGAUUCCAUUAACUGGCAAGGACGAGGGUUGGUUUAAAGUAACCGGCAUAAUGCCUCUGAAUACAGUUUAUGCCGAUGUGCAUUACAAAAGUUUUAUUGGUCGAGCUUUUGAAAGAGUAGCAGAGCGACUGACCAACUGCGUUAUACGGAGGGACUACUUUGAUUCAUCAAUUAUAUUGCUGAGAGCAGAAGAUAGAAGUCGUUUUUUUGACGGGCUACAAGCAGUUUUGGAAGCAAUAUCAUGA